AUUAUACGGCCGAGAGAAUGGGAUCAUGGCCGCAGACACUGACUGACUCGUGACUGUCACCCGUUGAGCGAAGCCUGAAGUGAAGGUGUGAAGCUUGUUCAGGUACUAGGUGCUCACAGACAGUCAGUGUAUCUUCUCCUGCUGCACCAAAACGCCUCCUAGAUCCUAGGGAUUCCUCACAAUGUUUAUUAGGAAGAUGGCAGGCUCGCUACACCUCCUAGCCUGUGCUAUAGUGGGCGGUUUGGUUAGCGCUGGGCACGCUCGGCCUCCUAACUUCGUUAUCGUCUUCGCUGAUGACUUUGGCUUCGACUUGGAAUGUUUCGGAAGCCCCACGACGAGAACGGUCAACAUCAACAGGAUGGCUGCCGAGGGUAUGAAGCUAACCCAGUGGAACACCGCCCACUCGAUCUGCAGUCCAAGCAGAGCCGCCAUUCUGACAGGACGGUACGCGAUACGCAGCGGCAUAUUUGGCAACGAGUCCACCAUCCAGCCACACACCGGCGAUCAUCGUGUUGUUCACCCGUCAUGCUAUGGACACUUGCCAUUGGACGAGGUGACCAUUGCCGAGGCGCUCAAACCAGCCAACUACACUAGCAUGGCUAUCGGCAAGUGGCAUCUGGGUUAUGCCUAUGAGAACACUACUUUGCUUCCCGUUGGGCAUGGCUUUGACUACUUCUACGGAACACCCGUCACACACUGCGAAGGCCCUCCCUCCUAUCCUGCUGUUCCUGUAUUCCAGAAUCACGAGAAAGUGGGACGCAUCGGUGUAGAUAUAGUGCGUGAAGACUUGGUGUACCGUUAUGCUGACCAGGCAACUCAGUUCAUUUCCAACAAUGCCAACAAUUCAUUUUUCCUUUACCUCGCCAUGGACAACACCCACUCUCCCGUGUACUCCCCUGCCAACUUCACAAGCCUCCGCGGACCGUAUGGGGCUGCGACAGAAGCUCUUGACUGGGUGGUCGGACAGGUGAUGGAUACGCUGACUAAGAUGAACUUGGCGCAGGACACACUGGUGGUGUUCACCUCGGACAACGGCGCAUGGUACACACCUCCACCGACUCAGGCAGGCGUUGUCGGCCCGUUUCAAGGGACGUACGCCCCACAGGAGCUAGGCUAUGUGGACACUGGGAAGGGCUCUUCGUGGGAAGGUGGAUUUAGAGUUCCAGCCGUGGCGUGGUGGCCUGGCACCAUAGCAGCGGGAACAGUGUGUGAGAACUUCACCAGCUCACUGGAUCUCUUUGUCACUUUUCUGAAUCUCGCCGGAGCACCGCUACCCACAGGCGUGGCAUUGGAUGGCAAAGAUAUCUCCGGUAUACUCGACCCAAGCGGUAUACAUGCAAGACUGCCCCAUAUGCCGGCAUCAAAAUUCGAGAAUAGUGGCAAUUACACUUUCUUCUACUACCGUGGACCUGUGUUGAUGGCAGCUCGUAGUGGCGCACUCAAAGCGCAUUUCAUCACACACUCUGGAUUUGGUCACGAGGUGCCAGUCACCCAUGAUCCACCUUUGCUCUUCAAUGUGGAGGUUGAUCCCCAGGAGAGAUUGCCACUGGAGCCAGCUAGGUACCACGCAUUCAUCAGUGAAAUCACAGCAGCGGUGGAACACCACCAGUCCACAGUCAAACCAGUAACACCGCAGCUGGACUUGAUUGACUACAAGGCAAUGGACUGUGUAGGGCUCAGUGAGAAGCAAUCCGGCUGCUGUAUGCAGCUCGCUGGCAAGUGCACGUACUGAAAUGGGGCAAUCCCCCCAUCAGUCAACCAUCCCUCUGGACGUCAUCGCAUAAUGUAGCCUUUACUUUCACGCAUGCAAUGCAGUUCUCCAGUCCAGGCUUUCCAUUUUGAAGACAGCCCGCUAAUACCUGUG